AAAAAAAAAAUGCAACGUUUUGCCAUUGAAGAUUUGAGCAGUUUACGUGUCACUUUAUGACUUAUAUAUAUCUUGCUCGUUUAUACCAUCAUGAGCAUUCAUUCAUCCCAUUAUAUUAGGCCUUUCAUGCACUAGCUACCCAAACUUCACGAGAAUCAUAAAUCCUCACUUUUUCUCUCCACAAACUAUAAUAUCACUCCCAACAAACUAUCAAAUAAUAGCAACAAAAACAUAUUUCACACAACACAAAAUGCUACCAUACACUACUAUCUUUCUUUUCUUUCUCAUCACUUCCAUGGCCGCAGCCAGCAGUGGCGGAAGAAAGCUAGAUAUGGCAAGCGGUGGUUCUCCGACAGGUGCAAGUGGUUCGGGCCACGGUCCAAAUUGGGACUAUAACUGGGGAUGGGGAUCUGCACCAGGUAGCGGGUGGGGAUAUGGUUCAGGUUCAGGACAUUCUCCUUCUGGCUUUGGUAGAGGUUAUGGCUAUGGUUUUGGAACCGGGUCUGGGUCUGGAUCCGGGUCUGGUUAUGGAUAUGGUAGUGGAGGUGCUCAUGGUGGUGGUUAUGGAAGUGGUUCUGGCAACUCAGGCGGUGGAGGGCAUGGUGGUGGUAGAACCAAUAAUCGGUCACCUUCGGAGUCUAAGGGUAAAACCAACCAACCAUGAGUAAUUAAAUUAACUAGAACUAUAGUUAGUUAUGUGUGCUUCCACUUUAUAUAUAGUAUGAUAUUAAAAUAAAUAAAUGGUUGUACUCUUAUUAUUAAAAAACAGAAAGAAUAUAUGAUUGUAUGAUCUAUAUAUAUAUAUGAAUGGUUUGGUCUGCAUGUAUGAUGGGUAACAAAAACUAUAUAAAUGAUUUGGUGUGUGUAUGUAUGAUGGCUAACAAGAGCUAAGAUAGCUAGCUAUAUAUAUAAGCUUUGAAGUUUUUUUUUUA